UCAGGUACAAAAUUUCCGACAUUCAGGAACAACAACCGCGUCUCGCCGCGCUCUCCUCAUUAAAUUUCCCACCUCGCGUGUUCCUCGACAACACCAACGUCGCAAUUCUGAGGUACAUCGACCCCGCCAUCUCAGUCAACACCUCUACAAUGGCGGGCACCAUGGAAGAACAACUCCUAAGUCUCCUGGCCGACACCCAACUCCCGGCCGAAGCCCCCCGCAAAGCAGCAGAAGCACACCUCGCGGCCGCGCACUCGAAUCCCGCGUUCCCUGGCUCGCUGGCUGCGAUAGCUAGUCACUCGAGUGUCAGUCCGCAGAUCAGACAGAGCGCGUUAUUGGUUCUCAGGACGUUCGUGGAGAAGAAUUGGAGUGGGGAGAGCGAGGAUGGGCCUGUGGUACUCAUUGAUGAUGGGACGAAGGAGGGAUUGAGGAGGGGGAUGUUGGAGUUGGCUACGAGCGGGGAGGUAGACAGGAGGGUGAGGGCUGCGGCUAGUUACGUGGUGAGCAAGAUUGCCAACGUCGACUUUCCUGAUCAGUGGCCGAAUCUGCUCCCGUCGUUAUUACAUCUGAUUCCGAACGCGAACGAUGAGCAGCUUCAUGGUGCGCUGAAGGUGCUGUCUGAUUUGGUGGACGACUCGUUAGAUCAAGAGCAGUUCUUCUCUGUUGCGCGCGAUAUCGUGAAGGUGGUUUAUGAUGUGGCGGUUAGUGAAGCUAGGAAACCAACGUUGCGCGCCUUGGCGGUCUCGGUGUUUAGGAACACAUUCGAUAUCAUGGAUAUGGUGAAGGACGAACAUGGACCCGAGGUUAAGGGCUUCGCGGACGAGGUGUUGAGUGCGUGGUCUCCUUUUUUUGCGGAGGUCAUGAAGAAGACGCUGCCUGCGAGACCGAAGAGCGAUGAUGAGGGAUACGAGAGUGGACGGGAUGAUAUUCCGGAAGCCUGGAGAGGUGUCAUUGCCUUGAAGCUUCAGGUUGUUAAGACGUUGAUGAAGAUUCGAGCCGUGUUUCCCACGUUACUCUUACCUCAGAGCCCCAAUCUUUUCAGCGAUACCUGGGGCGAACUUUCGACUUUACAGGAAGCGUAUAAGGACAUGUAUGUGGAUAAUGACGAGCAAGGACGACUUGAAGAUGCGGAUGGCUUGCCAUAUACACUGGAUUUCCUAGUUCUGGAAGAACUCGAUUUCCUGCAGUCAUGUAUCCGGGCACCGCCGGUCCAGAAGGAACUUGAAGCACAAUUACAGCAACAAGGAGGUGUUCGAAGUACACAAUGGGUUAUGGACGUCAUGAAGCUGGCUAUUGGAUAUGCACAGAUUCCCAAAGAAGAGGAAGAUCUGUGGGAUAUUGAUGUCAACCUGUUUUUGGCGGAAGAAACGGCCGUUACGGCAAACUACACGGCUCGUACUGCUUGUGGCGACCUAUUGAUCAAGCUUGGAGAAUGGCUGCAUCAGGGUGCUCUGGAAGGUCUACUCGCUUACACACAACUCCUAUUCGUUUCCGAAUCUGCGACCUGGAGAACACGAGAAGCUUCGUUGUUCCUCCUAACACAAUUGAUGACCGACUUCCAGGACCAGGACAAAGCCGUGGCUCCCGAAGUUGUCUCUGCCUACCUAGGCUUGAUCGACUAUGCUGUUAAUAGAACAGAGGAGCCUCUUUUGAGAGCCCGAGGUUAUCUGGUAGCUGGUGUGCUUGUUCAAAGCAUACCAGACGUUGCACUUGGCCUACUCGAUCGGACAAUCAAAGGUGUUAAUGAUGAUGAAUCCGAAGUCGUCAAGGUGGCCUGUAUCAAAUCUAUCCAGGGAUUCAUCAAAGCCCGCACAGUUCCAUCUGAUCGACAACUGGCAAUUGUGGCAUCGAUAUCUGAGUUCUUGUAUUCAAAAGAUCUUACAGACUUAGACGACGCUGACGAUCUUCUUGUCACCUUGGUCGAAUCACUAAGAGCAGCAAUUGGUCUUGACCCAAGAAUCACCAUCACCGGCGAUAGCGGAGCUCUUGACCUUCUUUUCGUCAUGGCAAAGCAUGGCGCGACAAAUUUCCAGCUCGUUAUGAUGGUCAGCGAAACAUUUGAAGAUAUUGUUACCGCUUUGGCUGGAAGUGACUCGUACACUGCUUUGUGUGCCAAAGUACUGCCUUCUUUGACUGGGGCUUUUGAUGUCGGGAAUAUGACCGGCGAUGACCCAUUGGUUGAACUUGCUACCGAAUUACUCGCUGUCCUGACCGAAAAUGGCUCGGAGCCUCUACCUCCUGGAUUCGUUGCAGCUGCGUUGCCAAAACUCAACCGUCUUCUAAUGGCUACGACCGAUGGAGGGGUUCUCCGUCCUGGUGUAGAGGCAAUCAAAUAUAUGCUCAUGCACGAUCAUCAGCAAGUCUUUGCUUGGCAUGAUGAGCAAAAUCGAUCCGGUUUAGAAGUAUGUCUGAUCAUCAUUGACAAGCUACUCAACCCAGCCAUCGAAGAUAAUGCAGCCUCAGAAGUUGGUGGUCUUGCAGCCGAACUUGUGGAGAAGGCAGGUCAAGAACGCCUUGGGCCAUACCUGGAACAACUUCUGCGAGCAGUUGCCUCCCGUCUCAACACCGCCGAAGCUGCUCCCUUUAUUCAGUCCUUGAUUUUGGUUUUCGCUCGACUUUCGCUUGUUGGCGCUCAAGACGUUGUCGAAUUUUUGGCUCAGAUUGAUAUCAAUGGCCAAAAUGGCUUGCAGGUUGUCCUUAGCAAAUGGCUAGAGAACUCGAUCAAUUUUGCUGGAUAUGAUGAGAUUCGACAAAAUGUUAUUGCACUUUCAAAACUGUUUACUCUCAAUGAUCCUCGACUUGCCCAAACUUUGGUUAAGGGAGAGCUCAUUAUCCCAGUCAGUGAUCGCAUCAUUACAAGAUCACAAUCCAAAAAGAAUCCCGACCAAUACACCAUUAUUCCUGCUCCACUAAAGAUCCUCAAAGUUCUUAUUGAAGAACUUCUGUCAGCAUCUGGAUACCGAAAUGCUUCCGAUGUGGCUGCAGCAGCUGCAGAAUUCGUCGAUGAAGAAGACGAGAAUGACAGCUGGGAAGACGUUCCUUCUGUACUAGAUCUUGGACUCGGUAGUACGAAGGCGGAAUUGAUGGCCUAUGGUGAAGGACAAGGAACUUUCAUGCGCCAACGAGACGACGAGACCCAAGCUUACCUUACCGAGUUCUUCAUCAGAGCUGGACGUGAGAAUCUAGCUGGAUUCAAUGAGCUUUACGAAGCCUUGACCAAUGACGAAAAGACGAAGUUGCAGAAGCUUGCUCAAGGUGCUUGAGCUUUUCUUCUGCGUCUCAAAUUCG